CUGUUAUUUCCGUUGGUCAGCACUCAGCACUCAGCACCAGCCAAACAACACCGUCCGGUUUGUCCGAGACCUAAUCCUCUCAAUUGCGAAUAGGAGAUCACCGUCCACGUCCUAAUCUGUCACGGUCAGCGACUCAGCGUUCCCGAAAACAACAGAGGACGCCAAAGUCGCUUCCUUUUCUCAUCUUCACCAUCCGCUUUCUUCGUCCUUCAGCCGGCGUUCCCACAUUUGCACCAUAUGCAGAGUCAUGCAGGGCUUUCCUUCGGUUUCGCACCUAACGCAACGUGUACACCUCCGGUCAGGGAAUGGGCAACACAGUCCAGUGACUACAACUAUGGAUGCCUUUUCCAGCGAAGAUUAUCUUGAAUCCUUAAAAGUUGUUCGAGCUAAUCAAAGUAGCAUCUCCACUUUGCUUGGAACCUGAAAUUUGGGUAUUUCUUGAUGGAAUGUGCUGGAUGUUGGGCAAUGCUUGCAAUUGGGUUCUGGCAAUGCGAAUGUUGACUCUGUUUCUUGUGGGUUUUUUUUAUAAGUUGAGUUUGAUGAUUUGUUCAUCUUUUCUCAGAGCAUGUAUGGAUGUUCCAGUUUCAAAUGCUUCCAGAAUCUCGUCAGAUUUUCAUGGUAAAGGAGGGAUAAUGUCUGGAAUUCAUGAGAAGCAGUACAAGAUCAGAAGCCAAAGAUUUUGUCAACAAGCUUUAAAUGAGAGCACAUCAGGCGGAAGUGUUAAUAGGAAAGAUGAUGUGUCUAGAGGAGCAUUGAUAUGGAGGGCAAUCAAAUUACCCAUUUAUUCUGUUGCUUUAGUUCCUCUCACGGUUGGUGCUGCUGCUGCUUAUUUGCAGACGGGCGUGUUUUCUGCGAAACGCUAUUUCACUCUCUUGAUUUCUUCAGUCCUUAUUAUAACGUGGCUCAAUUUAAGGUUAGUUCUGCAAUUUAAGAUUUUGGAGCUGUCUAGUUGUAUUACCUUAUCUACUGCUAUCUUGUAUGAAGAUUCUUACUGGCUAGCUCUAACAUGUAAAUAUUCAUAGUGACUUUGUAUUAUUCUCUCAAAUUCUUUCCAUAGCUGCUGAAAAAGGUCCAGUCUUAGUUAGCGAUAAAUGAUAAUGAUUACCUUUGAAUGUGGACGACAUGUGUUCAUGAAACACAGUUGGUCAUGCGCAGUAGCCAAUACUAGAUGACUAUAGAUAAUGAGAAUGGGAGCAUACAGUUGUAUUCUCAGUUCUGAUUUGACUCAAAGGGCAGCUUUGUCCAUGUAUCUCUCUUAUUAUGUGAUCUUACACUUACCAAAGCACUGAAAAGCUGUCCUCCGUCGUCUAUCUGACUUCUUAAAAUUCCUGAUAUCUGGUUGAUUGCCAGCAACGAUGUAUAUGAUUUUGAUACAGGAGCAGACAAGAACAAGAAAGAAUCAGUUGUUAACUUGCUUGGAAGCCGUUCAGGAGCCUUCAUUGCAGCUUACAAUUGCCUCAUUGUCGGUUUCGUGGGGGUUACAUGGACAUCUGUGAGCUCAGGAAGUAUACGUGCAAACUUGUUAUUGACUUGGGCAAUUAUCUGUGGCUACAUAUAUCAGUGCCCUCCUUUCCGGUUAAGUUACCAAGGACUGGGUGAGCCCUUGUGCUUUGCAGCAUUUGGCCCAUUUGCCAGCACUGCGUUUUACUUAUUGCUUCGAAUGACAAGUGGGCCGCACUAUUUUCAGUUAACUGCAACAGUUCUCUCAGUAUCACUUCUCAUUGGAUUCACGACAACUCUAAUCCUUUUUUGUAGUCACUUUCACCAGGUCGAAGAAGAUAAAGCUGUUGGCAAAAUAUCACCCUUGGUUAGACUUGGCACCAAAAGAGGUGCAAUACUAGUUAAAGUAGCCAUUGUGACUCUGUACUCUCUCUUGGUUGCUUUUGGCAUAAGUGGAGCUCUUCCUGUGACUUGCAUUCUUCUCUCUGCCCUGACCUUGCCAAUGGGGAUUAAGGUAGUCAGAUUUGUCGAAGAAAACCACAAUGACAAGGGGAGAAUUUUUAUGGCAAAAUAUUACUGUGUGAGACUCCAUGCCUUGCUCGGGGCGGCUUUGACAGCAGGCCUAGUGCUGGCUAGGACUGUUACAACGGGAUAUGUGCCAAAGCCUAUAUUCUCUUGAAUUACGAACCAGAGGUUGGGUUCUGCUGGUAAAUAGUGGUGAAUUCCCCACAUUCUUGCAAAGAACAGAAAUUUCCCUUUGCUGCAAAGUGCCAUUAUUGUUUGUGCAGCUUUGAUUCCUUUGUUCCAUCCACAACUGAUCAGCGAAGAAAGCAUAUACUCCUCCUCCGCACUAGAUCGCGUAAUGGGCACUGGCUGAAAAAGGCAGCAGCAUCAACGUGUGGGGAUGAAAUUAUGAUUCUGCACCAGUUCCAGUAUCACACACAUCAGCCUCAAAGCCAGUACAUCAGAAAGUCGUUUUUGGGAGCUAGUGGUUUGUGGGGAAACCCAAUGUACAUAGUUGGAGUAUCGUGCAACUUCAGGGCCGUAUCUUGUUAAUGAAAUUGUGCCCAACAGGGCAAGGUAAAUAAGGCGAGUUUGUUACGAUGCAAUAACUAGCAUGUGGCUGUGUCAUCUUUUUUCUAGAACGGGCUAUUUGGUUCGGACUGUUUGGUUUUACCCGAAACCGGACCG